UUGAACCCGUCACGCAAUUGCAACCUGUUUCUCAAAGAACUUGUUAGGCCUACCAAAUGGAGAACAGUUUAAUUGUGAUGGUAAGAUAGAUAUCACAUGGAUGAAGUGAGCUACUACGUGGAGUGUUUGAUAAAGAGAAUUGAUUCAAAUAAUAUACAACUGACGAGAUCCAAAUACUUUGAAGAGAUAAUUCUUGGCAACAUUGACAAGAAGAUGGAAAUCUUGGCGAACAGCGGCUGUCAACAAAGGCUCUUCCUCCUACCGAGCUCCAGGGAGCAGCUGUGAGUUAAGAACCAUGGGAAACAAACUCAGUUGCUCCUGUGCUCCUUUGAUUCGUAAAGCGUAUCGAUAUGAAGACUCCCCUUGGCAGAAUACAAAACGGAGAGAUGGACAUUUACUGAGGCUCUGGGCAGAAGUGUUCCAUGUCAGUGCCAGUAGUGGCGCAGUGAAAUGGCAGCAGGUAUCAGAAGACCUCGUGCCAGUGAAUAUCACGUGUAUUCAAGAUACCCCAGAAUGCGUGUUUCACAUCACAGCUUACAAUUCCCAGGUGGUGAAAAUUCUGGAUGUCAGACUAGUUCAACCAGGCACCCGACUAGGCCAGGCUUCCGAGUGUUUUGUUUACUGGAAAGACACGUCAACAGGCGACACCUGGGGGCUAAACUUUACAUCACCUAUCGAUGCCAAGCAGUUCAGAGAAUGUUGCUCGCCUUCCUUCAAAUUUGCCCGAAAAGCUUCAUCUUCCUACUCCCUAAAAUUAGAACCGCCAAAGAACCAGCAAAAGACGAAAGGGAAAAAGAAACCGCAGUCCACCCCCAGCUCUCCUUCAAGGGGGCGGGAACUCCAGUGCACGUGUAUGACAGCCGAAAAUUUGCAUCGUGCCCGAAAUGGACGUGUGCGCUACACAGGGGGUGCUGCCACCUUACCGCGGCCUCAUUCACGGGCUGAGGGGGAAUACAAGUCCACGUACGACAGAGGGCGCCUCUCGGCUCAUCCCUCAAGCACCUCUGUGUAUGACAACGUGGGUUCAUCAUCUUUAAGGCGAGGCACUACGACUGCCAGUGUCCAUGGUCAGUCAAAGAUAGUCAAAAAUGAAGCUAGUCACAAAUCUGCUCAACAAGGCGACAUUCGCCCAGAACAGGCGCGUGGGCAGUAUGCCCAGUCUGCCCGCAAGGAACAAGCAAAGAGUGUAGACUACAGUACGAUAUCAUCAGAACAGCAAAGCUCAAAACAGCCCGAAGACAUCCAGCCCUCGUCUCGCUCGAAAAGUUCCGAUGAUGUGUUCGAACAGUCACAGAGCGGGGAUUUAUCAGCUCUUAACCUUGACAGUAAUACCCUCAAACGUAUGCUACACCCUCUUCCUUCUAUGUCUUCAACUCACAGCUCCCCUGAUCAAGACACUCAAAAACCAACCAAAUCAAGCACCCGAGAGUCCAGAAAGAUUGAAGGCGAGGAGUCGAGAGUAAGGAGUGUUUCAGUUCCUCGUUGGCUGACUAGUCAGGGCGCCAAAGAAGCCACUCGAGACAGACAUAAUCGAUCGGAGACUGGAAGGCGACGUAGCCUUGAACGAACUAUGUGCUUGGACCUAACAGAUGGGGACCAGUCACCACCCUCCGACAACUUUCUCUACGAUAACCUGUGCUAUGCCACAACACCUAGCUCGAGCAACGAGAACAGCGACGCUCCCUACCUGAGCUCUGACGAAGGUGGCCAGACAGCAGUGGCGCAAACGACGACCUCCCCUACCAGCAAACUUCUGAUGGAGUACGAGACACACUUGAGAAAUGCCUUGGCUCGAGGGCUAGAUGCCGAAAGCUACAGUUUACACACCUUCGAAGCAUUGUUAUCUCAGAGCAUGGAGAAUGUAGUUUCUUUAAUGCGCGAGGUGCAUGUGGAAUUGGAGGCCAUCAGACGAGAAGAGAAUGCUUUGAAACUUCAGAGCCACCUGCUGGACGGGACUAGAGGAAUAUGGGAACCACGAGGGACAUCUGGCGGCAAAUCCCACACUUUACCCCUACCUCAUCAAAAUUCAAAUCGGCAGUUAAGCCUAACCAGUAGCAUGUCUGUAGCAGACUCCUCGGCUGCAGGAACCAGAGAUCCCAGCCCUUCUUUUUAUGGACAACCCUCAUUAGAAAGUGCCGAUUCUCGAAUCUAUCUGACGUCUUCAGAGAUGUCUGAUGACGAUAGACUGUCUCUUACUACUGCUGUUAGUGACGAAGAGGACGCCGAGACAAGAAACUCCCCAUUCAGGGCUCGUUCGGGGACUGCCGCGGCCUCUUUCAACUGUACCGGUGCUGUUAGAAAGGCUGGAUUUCUGAGCGUGAAGAAGUGGCUCCUUAGAAAACACCGCCAGGUGGAGCUAGCCAAGAAGCGAGGCUGGAAAGGGUAUUGGGUUAGUUUAAAGGGUACUACCCUUCUAUUCUAUCCCUGUGAUAACCGAGAUGGCCGUGCAAUUGAUAACACCCCUAAACACCUAAUCAUCGUUGAUGGAGCAAUCAUGCAGCCUAUCCCAGAACACCCUAAACGAGAUUAUAUAUUCUGCCUGAGCACUGCUUUCGGAGAUGCAUAUCUUUUUCAGGCCCCCUGCCAGGUAGAAUUAGAGAACUGGAUUAAUAGCAUUCAUUCUGCUUGUGCAGCGGCUUUCGCAAGGCAUCGUGGGAAAACUGGGACACUGCACCUUCUGCAAGAGGAAAUCUUCCGCUUGGAAAAAGAAAUCGAGUCG